GAAUGUGGGAUGUCUGGAGUGGGGGUCAGGAAGCCAGGAAAGAAUGCCAAGUAUGUCCAUGUUUGUCCAGGGCUGCCCCUCCCACCCUCCUCCGAGGUGACGUUUCCGCCGAGGGCCGAGGGCUAUAAAGGCGGCGGCGGCGGCCAGCUCUCGGCACAACUCGGAGCGAGACCAACCCGAGCUAAACUCUAGCUUUCACCUGAAGAGCGAGGAGACGCCGAACUCCCCGAGAGACCCCCCCCGACAACGGAUCGACUCGAUCAAGGAAAAGGAAGACUUACUCCCCUGACGGAAGAAUCUUUUUAUGCCCCUCAAGAUGCCCGCUGUGAAGAAAGCGAUUUUGCUGCCGCUCGUCUACGUCUUCUUCUGGAAUGCGGCUGCCGGUCAGGAGUGCGGCGGCCGGUGCUCGUGCCCCUCGGCGCCCCCCGAGUGCGCCCCCGGCGUCAGCCUGGUGCCGGACGGCUGCGGCUGCUGCCGGGUGUGCGCCAAGCAGAUGGGCGAGCUGUGCGCCGAGAGGGACGCCUGCGACACCCACAAGGGCCUCUACUGCGACUUCGGCUCGCCCAUCAACAGACGCGUUGGCGUGUGCACAGCGCGCGAGAGCGCCACCUGCGUGUUCGGAGGAAUGGUGUACAAGAGCGGCGAGAGCUUCCAGAGCAGCUGCAAGUACCAGUGCACGUGCCUGGACGGGGCGGUGGGCUGCGUGCCCCUGUGCGCCAUGGACGUGCGUCUGCCCAGCCCCGACUGCCCCGCCCCCCGACGCGUCAAGGUGCCCGGCAAGUGCUGCGAGGAGUGGGUGUGCGACGCCCCGCAGCACACCAACGGCUUCAUGGGCUCCGUUCUGCCCGCUUACCGCCAAGAGGAGACCUACGGCCCAGAUCCGUCCACGAUGAGGGAGAACUGCCUGGUUCAGACCACCGAGUGGAGCGCCUGCUCCAAGACCUGCGGCCUGGGCAUCUCCACCCGGGUCACCAACGACAACCGCGAGUGCCGCCUGGAGAAGCAGAGCCGGCUGUGCAUGGUGCGCCCCUGCGAGUCCCACCUGGAGCAGAGCAUCCGGAAAGGGAAAAAGUGCAUCCGCACGCCACGCCUCUCCAAGCCCAUGAAGUUCGAGAUCUCGGGCUGCACCACCACCAAGUCGUACCGUCCCAAGUUCUGCGGCGUGUGCCUGGACGGCCGCUGCUGCACCCCCCACCGGACCACCACGCUGCCCAUGGAGUUCAAGUGCCCCGACGGGCAGGUGAUGAAGAAGCACAUGAUGUUCAUCAAGUCGUGCGCCUGCCACCACAACUGCCCCGGCGAGAACGACAUCUUCGAGUCCAUGUACUACAAGAAGAUGAUGGGCGACAUGGCGUGAGGGCGCCCGCCCGCCGAGGGGCCGACACCGGCUUUUGUGACUUGAAAACAGAACUCAUCUCGCAGCUCCGUAUAUACACAAGCCUCAUUUUUGUGCUUGCU